UGUGGCAUUGGGUUAGUCUCUCUCAGCUCUCUCACAAUUCACAAACGUUGGAAGAGAGAGAACAAAAAAAAAAAAGAAAAAGAAAAAAGAAAUGGACAAGUGGUUUAGAAGCUGAGGAAUAACGUUGUUACAAUUUACAACAUCGAGAUCCGUGUAGUGAGUAGCUCACUGCGUUAGCUUGACGAAGAAGGUUCAAUAUUAAGGUUAGCAUAGCAAAACCUUUUUGUGAAUCUGUGCUUGCUGGCGAAUCUGAAUCUGAAACAACAACAACAACAACAACAACAAACGACUACUAAUGUUAACUACUACGACUUCUUUUUAGUCCACAGCGUGUUCCUGAAGAAAUGUCGUUAAAGCUUGUACUAUCAGAACCAUUUUAAUAUAGUACUUCUCUCUCUUUCUCUCUCUUUCACUCACUUCCAUGUGAUCUUCAGCUCCGAGUUUUUUCUCUCUCUUCAGCCUCGGAUUCGGAUUAAACUAGUUCUUCUCAUGGACGGUUCGGUCUGGCAUUCUUGUGAAUUCGAGGGGAUAAAGAAUAAUUGCUGAGAUUACCUUUCCUAUUGCCACUUAUGAAGCUGCAAAUCGUUUUUGCUGCAUUACCACUUAUGAAGCUGCAAAUCGUUUUUGCUGCAUUACCUUUCCUAUUGCUCCUUUCUCUCCUUCCACAACAUUUAGCUGACCUUAAUUCAGACAAACAAGCUCUACUUAGCUUUGCUUCUAACGUUCCUCAUGGUCGGAAAGUCAACUGGAAUCCUGCUACCCCUGUCUGCACUUGGGUUGGCAUAAAGUGCACCCUGAAUGGCUCCCGUGUGCUAGCUGUUCGGCUCCCCGGUGUUGGACUUGCUGGUCCAAUUCCAGCCAACACCCUUGGAAAGUUGGAUGCACUCACAAUCCUAAGUCUUCGAUCCAACCACCUCAAUGGGAACAUUCCAACUGACCUACUUUCCCUUCCUUCCCUCCGUUACUUAUACCUUCAACACAAUUUCUUUUCAGGUAGUAUUCCUUCUUCUUUCCCUUCCCAGCUUAUCUUCCUUGAUCUCUCCUUCAACUCCUUCAUAGGAAACAUUCCAGCCACAGUAAACAAUUUAACAAAUCUCACUAGCCUGUAUCUCCAGAACAACUCUCUCAUUGGCUCAAUCUCUUAUCUCAACCUCCCAAGGCUUAAGAAAUUGAAUUUGAGCUUCAACCACCUAAAUGGUUCAAUACCCUCGGCCCUGCAGAAGUUCCCCCCUUCCUCAUUUGAAGGGAACCUUAUGUUAUGUGGGCUACCUCUUAACCAGUGUCUUUCAAUUUCACCCGCACCUUCCCCUUCCUCCACUGUCUCAACUGCCCCUAGAGGUGGUUCCCAAAAGAAGUUAAGUACAGGAGCUAUCAUUGCAAUUGCAGUAGGGGGUUCUGCAGUUCUGAUUCUUUUAGUUCUGGUGAUAGUGAUAUGCUGUUUAAAGAAAAAAGAUGGUGAAAACAGCAGUGGAACAAAGGGAAAGGGUGGAAGAAGUGAGAAGCCCAAGGAGGAAUUUGGGAGUGGGGUGCAAGAGGCUGAGAAGAAUAAGUUAGUUUUCUUUGAAGGCUGUUCUUAUAAUUUUGAUCUUGAGGAUUUAUUGAGAGCGUCGGCUGAAGUUCUAGGAAAGGGGAGUUAUGGGACAUCUUAUAAAGCCAUUUUGGAGGAGGGAAUAACAGUGGUAGUGAAGAGAUUGAAAGAAGUGGCAGUGGGGAAAAGAGAGUUUGAACAACAAAUGGAAAAUGUGGGGAGGGUCGGUCCGCACCCAAAUGUUGUUCCUCUUCGUGCUUAUUACUAUUCCAAGGAUGAAAGACUCCUGGUUUAUGACUACAUAGCAUCAGGCAGCUUUUCCGCAUUAUUGCAUGGAAACAGAGAAAGCGGAAGAACUCCACUAGACUGGGAAACCAGAGUAAAGAUUUGCCUUGGAACUGCAAGGGGCAUUGCCCACAUCCAUUAUGCAGGUGGUGGGAAAUUUAUCCAUGGCAACAUCAAGUCCUCCAACGUCUUCCUCACACAAGACCUCAGUGGCUGCGUAUCAGAUUUUGGUUUGAGUUCUCUGACGGUUUUGCCUACCGUCCCAACUAGGAGUGCAGGCUACAGAGCUCCUGAGGUGAUCGAAAGUCGAAGAUGUACUCAAAAAUCUGAUAUAUACAGUUUUGGUGUCCUCCUCCUUGAGAUGCUGACAGGCAAAUCACCAGUCCAAUCAUGGGGACAAGAUGACGUGGUUGAUCUUCCGAGGUGGGUGCAAUCCGUUGUACGAGAGGAAUGGACUUCUGAGGUAUUUGAUGUAGAACUAAUGAGGUACCAAGAUAUUGAAGAAGAGUUGGUGCAAAUGCUUCAAAUGGCAAUGGCCUGUGUUGCAAAGGUGCCAGACAUGAGACCCACAAUAGGAGAAGUUAUAAGGAUGAUUGAGGAUAUCAGGCCAUCUGAUUCAGAGAAUAGGCCAUCACCAUCAGAGGGCAAGCCCAAGGGCUCAAAUACUGAGACCCCAUGAUCGACCUCCCUUUGCCCCAUCAAUAAUUUCAAGUUUCUACCCUAGGACUCCAUAGGCUUUAGCUGCAUAAACUCCCAUAUAAAAACCUUUUCUAACUCUGUAAUAUGUCCAACUGCGUGAUUCUUUUUAGGCCAUUAGUUUAACAAUUUAAUUGUCUAGGACUCUAGCAUCCGUUUUUCAAAAAAAAAAAAAUUUGUCUAGCAUCACCCCCCUUCCUCCUCUUUUGUGAUUAUUGUAAUAAUAUUGCUUCAUAAAGAUAAUAACUAGUUGACUAUAUAUGAAUGUUCAUAAAAUUGUUCUAUAUAUAUGUGCUGAUCCUCUGCCAUUCA